AUGUCAAAACCUAACAAAAAUGUCAUUACAGCAGAAAAGGAGGCUUUGAAUUUGAAAUUGCCCCCUAUUGUCUAUCCUCCAAAAGACCUAGGUGUUGACACACCAAAACAAAGUGCACUGCUAAAUUAUAGACGGUCUAAGGAGCAGCAGAAGAAAAUCAAUCAAUUAGUAAUUGCUGGAGCUAAAAAAAAUCUAGACAAAGUCCUGGACAAAAGAAUGCCUUCAUUGCCAGAGCCUGACUUCCCUCCGACUAUGACCAGUGAUACUAAAAAAAAAGGAUUAAACUACAUUUACAUGAAGCAGUGCGUGGAGAGCAGCCCUAUAGUGCCCAUUCAGCCAGAGUGGCUGGACCACAUGUUAACGCUGAUACCCGAGCAUUUAAAGGAAGGGGAAAAGAGAGGAGAACUGCUUGGAAGUCUCGUAAAUGAGGUGUCAAAUGACUUUGAAAAAAGCAUGAAAAGAUAUUUAGUACAGAGCGUUCUUGUGAAGCCUUCAGUUAACUGGCUUGAAGAUGAAGGGGGCCCUUUGCCCGAAUCUCCUGAAGGACUAGAUUACUCCAAUCCUUGGCAUUCUAGCUUUGUGCAGGCAAGAAGUCAAAUAUUAUCUAAUUUGCACAUUGUUCACCCAACUAUGAAAAUAUUACUGGAGCUUGGUUAUACAACAUUUGCUGACAUGAUUUUGCUGGAAUUAACAGGAAUUAGAGCCAAAGGCCCAAUUGAUUGUGAAGCACUGAGAAAUGAUCUAUCGAUUCAAGCUAAAAAUGCUGAAAAGAAGAUCAUGAAUACUUGGUAUCCAAAAGUUAUAAAUCUAUUUACUAAAAAGGAGGCACUGGAAGGCCUUAAGCCUGAGAAGCUGGAUUCCUUUUAUAACUGCGUUUCCGUACUUAUGUCCAAUCAGCUAAAGGAUCUCUUAUGGAGAACUGUAGAAGAAUUUGUAAAACUCUUUGAUCCAAAAUACCAAGAAAGGCUUCCAAUAUUUAAGAUGGAAUUGACAUUUGAUGAAGAUAAAAUCGAAUUUUAUCCCACCUUUCAAGAUUUGGAAGACAUUGUUUUGGGUUUGAUAGAGCGAAUAUCUGAAACUCUGCAGAAUGUCCCAACAGUAUCUUCUUGGCUGUCAGGAGCUUCAGCACCUGUCAAUGUUGACACAGAACUUCCAGAACAUGUGUUACAGUGGGCUCUUGGUACGCUGAAGACAGCAGUAGCUCGGAACUUAGAGGGUGCAAAAGCACAUUAUGAUUCAUAUGUUGAAAAGUAUAACUGGCUUCUUGAUGGGACAGCAGUGAAGAGUAUAGAAGCUUUCCAGAAAGAAAACCAUACUUUUGAUGAAUACACAGAGUUUAUAGAAAAAUUUUUCAGUCUUGCUUCAGAAAUAAUGCUUUUGCCUCAAUGGGUUCAUUUUCCUAUGGUUCGUUUGGACUGUGAAGACUUGAAGACAGGCUUGACAAAUAAAGCAAGAGCCUUUGCAAACAGAUUAUUAAGUGACAUAGCUUCAAAACAUAGAAAAGAAAAUGAAUCUAUUUGCAGUGAGUUUGAAUCAAUUAAAGAGCAUGCUCUCCGAGUUCCUGAGACAACAGAAGAAAUGAUGGAGCAAAUCGCUUUUGUAGAAAAAGCUCGAACUAAAGGAAUUUGUCAGUUGGCUGAAAGGAUCCAGGAAUCUAAACGCCAAAUGAGUUACUUCUUAGAUGUUUUUCAAUAUCCUCAAGAAGACUUAAAUUUAAAUGCAACUGUCCUCAUGUGGCCUACAAAAAUUAACCCUGUUUUUGAUGCAAAUGAUGAACUCAUUGAGAAUGCCAAACAUAUGAAAGAAAAUGAACUAGUAACCAAGAGAGAAAAACUGAUUUUGGAAAUAGAAAAGGAAUCUCGGCGCAUGGAGGAGUUCACAGAAUUUGCGGAACUGGAGCGCAUGCAGCAGUAUGUGACAGAUGUAAGACAGCUACAGAAACGUAUUCAGGAAUCAGAAGAAGCAGUUCAGUUUAUCAACAAAGAAGAGGAACUUUUCAAAUGGGAAUUGACAAAGUAUCCUGAACUGGAAAAAUUAAAAGUCAACAUUGAGCCCUACCAGAAGUUUUUUAAUUUUGUUUUGAAGUGGCAACGAACAGAAAAACGGUGGAUGGAUGGAGGGUUUUUGGACCUUAAUGGGGAAAGCAUGGAAGCUGAUGUAGAAGAGUUUUCCCGAGAAAUUUUUAAGACACUGAAAUUUUUCCAAACCAAGCAAAAGAAAGAAUUACAAGAAAAAAGAAAGGCAGCAAGAAAACGAUCUUUGGUAGAAGAGAAACCUGAAGAAGAACCAAAAGAAAAUCCUACAAUUACUAUGUGUACUACAGUAAUGGAGCAGAUAAAGGUUUUUAAGGAGUAUAUCCCUACUGUCUCCAUCCUGUGCAAUCCAGGAAUGAGAGCUCGUCACUGGAAACAGAUGUCAGAAAUUGUGGGCUAUGACUUAACUCCAGAUUCUGGAACUACACUGAGAAAAGUUUUAAAAUUAAACCUUACACCAUAUUUAGAAAAAUUUGAAGUUAUAAGUGCGGGUGCAAGUAAGGAAUUUUCUUUAGAGAGGGCCAUGAACGCUAUGAUAGCAACUUGGGAUGAUAUUUCUUUUCAUAUAAGUCUAUAUCGUGACACUGGAGUCUGUAUCCUUUCUUCAGUGGAUGAGAUUCAGGCAAUUCUUGAUGAUCAAAUUAUAAAAACUCAGACGAUGAGAGGCUCACCUUUUAUCAAACCAUUUGAAAAUGAGAUCAAGGCCUGGGAGGACCGUCUGAUUCGGAUACAAGAAACAAUCGAUGAGUGGUUAAAAGUGCAAGCUCAAUGGCUGUACUUGGAGCCCAUCUUUUGUUCUGAGGAUAUCAUGCAGCAGAUGCCGGAGGAAGGACGUCAGUUUCAGACAGUAGACAGGCACUGGAGGGAUAUCAUGAAGUUUUGUGCUAAAGACCCAAAGGUUCUUGCUGCUACUUCUUUAACAGGCUUAUUGGAAAAGCUACUGAAUUGCAAUGACCUUUUGGAAAAAAUAAUGAAAGGACUGAAUGCAUAUCUUGAAAAAAAGCGACUUUUCUUCCCUCGCUUUUUCUUUUUAUCUAAUGAUGAAAUGUUAGAGAUUUUGUCAGAGACCAAAGAUCCACUCAGAGUUCAGCCACACUUAAAAAAGUGCUUUGAGGGCAUUGCUAAAUUGGAGUUCCUGCCUAAUCUGGAUAUUAAAGCCAUGUACAGCUCUGAAGGUGAGCGAGUGGAGCUGAUUGCACUCAUUUCCACAUCUGCAGCGAGGGGUGCUGUAGAGAAAUGGCUCAUUCAGGUCGAAGAUCUAAUGCUCAGAAGUAUUCAUGACGUGAUUGCUGCAUCCAGGCUGGCUUAUCCAGAAUCUGCGAGAAAGGACUGGGUGAGAGAGUGGCCUGGCCAGGUUGUUCUCUGUGUUUCUCAGAUGUUCUGGACUUCCGAGACACAGGAAGUUAUCAGUGGAGGACCAGAGGGAUUAAAGAAGUACUACCAGGAGCUCCAGUAUCAACUAAAUGAUAUCGUAGAGCUAGUAAGAGGGAAAUUGUCUAAACAGACCAGAAUCACGCUGGGAGCCUUGGUUACAAUUGACGUCCAUGCCAGGGAUGUCGUCAUGGACAUGAUUGAAAUAGGUGUCUCACAUGAUACAGAUUUCCAGUGGCUUGCUCAGCUUCGCUAUUACUGGGAAUAUGAGAAUGCACGUGUUCGUAUCAUUAAUUGCAACGUAAAAUAUGCUUAUGAGUAUCUUGGUAACUCACCUCGACUUGUCAUAACUCCUCUAACUGACAGAUGUUAUAGAACCUUGAUAGGUGCUUUUUAUUUAAACCUUGGUGGUGCUCCAGAAGGGCCAGCAGGCACAGGGAAAACCGAAACCACCAAGGACCUGGCUAAAGCUCUUGCCGUGCAGUGUGUGGUGUUCAACUGCUCCGACGGCCUGGACUAUCUGGCCAUGGGGAAGUUUUUCAAAGGGCUGGCUUCUUCGGGUGCUUGGGCUUGCUUUGAUGAAUUCAAUCGAAUUGAGCUGGAAGUGUUAUCAGUGGUGGCACAGCAGAUUCUUUGCAUUCAGAGAGCCAUUCAACAGAAACUGGAUGUCUUCAUUUUUGAAGGGACAGAACUUAAGCUCAACCCAAACUGUUUUGUAGCUAUUACCAUGAAUCCUGGCUAUGCAGGACGUUCUGAACUGCCAGACAACCUCAAGGUUCUUUUUAGAACAGUAGCUAUGAUGGUUCCAAACUAUGCCCUCAUAGCAGAAAUCUCCCUCUACUCCUAUGGAUUUUUGAAUGCAAAACCUCUGUCUGUGAAAAUAGUAAUGACCUACAGGCUUUGCUCGGAACAGCUGUCAUCACAGUUUCAUUAUGACUAUGGAAUGCGAGCAGUGAAAGCCGUUUUAGUGGCAGCUGGAAAUCUAAAAUUAAAAUACCCCCUUGAAAAUGAGGAUAUACUGCUCCUUCGAUCAAUCAAAGAUGUAAAUGAGCCAAAGUUCCUAUCACAUGACAUACCUUUAUUUAAUGGAAUAACUAGUGACUUAUUUCCUGGUAUUAAGCUUCCUGAAGCUGACUACAAGGAAUUUUUGGAAUGUGCACAUGAAACCUGCCGAGAACAUAAUCUUCAGCCUGUUAAAUUUUUUCUUGAAAAAAUUAUUCAGACAUAUGAAAUGAUGAUUGUUCGACAUGGUUUUAUGUUGGUGGGAGAGCCUUUUGCUGCUAAGACAAAAGUUCUGCAUGUGCUAGCUGACACUUUAAAGCUUAUGAAUGAACGCAACUAUGGAGAGGAAGAAAAAGUCAUGUAUAGGACAGUAAACCCCAAAUCAAUUACUAUGGGCCAACUCUUUGGGCAGUUUGAUCCAGUGUCUCAUGAGUGGACCGAUGGUAUUGUGGCAAAUACAUUUAGAGAAUUUGCCUUAGCCGAAUCACCUGACCGGAAAUGGGUUGUAUUUGAUGGUCCUAUUGACACCUUGUGGAUAGAAAGUAUGAAUACAGUAUUGGAUGAUAAUAAAAAGCUUUGCCUUAUGAGUGGAGAAAUCAUUCAAAUGUCCCCUCAAAUGAGCCUCAUCUUUGAAACAAUGGACCUUUCACAGGCUUCGCCAGCCACUGUGAGCCGUUGUGGCAUGAUUUAUUUGGAACCUUCACAGUUAGGAUGGGAACCACUUGUGGCUUCAUGGUUGAAUUCACUGAAACCACCUCUAAGUGAAACAGAACAUCAAACUCUGCUGAAGGAGCUUUUCCAGUGGCUAGUACCACCGUCUUUAGUAUUCCGUAGGAAAAAAUGCAAGGAACUCAUUCCUACGAGUAACAUCAAUGCAGUUGUAUCUCUCACACGCCUCUUUGAGGUACUGCUCUGUAAUGUGCUGGAAAACGAGCCCACUAGCAAGCACACUCGUAUUUGGAUUAUGGCCUGCUUUGUAUUCUCUCUGAUUUGGUCAAUUGGAGCAAGUUGUGAUACAGAUGGUCGCCUUGCUUUUGAUGAUUUCAUAAGAACAAUUGUAGCAGGGAAAAAUGAAAAACAACCAAUGCCAGUGUCUGUGGAAAAAUGGGAAUGCCCAUUUGAAGAAAAGGGCCUGGUCUAUGACUAUAUGUAUGAGUUGAAGAACCGAGGUCGCUGGCUCCAUUGGAAUGAAUUAAUUAAAAGUUCUUCUUUAGAAGACAAACAUACCAAGAUUCAAGAUAUUAUAGUCCCUACAAUGGACACAAUUAGAUAUACUUUCCUAAUGGAUUUGAGUAUUACCUUUGCAAAGCCGCUGCUUUUUGUGGGUCCAACUGGCACAGGAAAGUCCGUGUAUGUGAAGGAUAAACUCAUGAAUCAUUUGGAAAAGGACAAGUACUUUCCUUUCUACGUUAAUUUUUCUGCACGGACCAGUGCCAAUCAGGUUCAGAACAUCAUUAUGGCUAGAUUGGACAAAAGGCGCAAGGGAGUAUUUGGACCACCUAUGGGAAAGACAUGUAUAAUAUUUAUAGAUGACAUGAAUAUGCCUUCAUUGGAGAAAUAUGGAGCCCAACCUCCUAUUGAGUUAUUACGACAGUUUUUUGAUUGUGGACACUGGAAGCUGAAACAGGAGGCCAUCUCUACAAAAUGGUCUCAAGCUGCAAAUGACCUUCAAAUAACAUAUGAAAACUUAACUGGUGAUGUCUUAGUAUCAGCAGGUGUAAUAGCUUACCUUGGUGCUUUCACAUCUGGAUUUCGACAAGAAUGUACAGAAGAUUGGAGCAUGUUAUGCAAGGAGAAAAAAAUACCAUGUUCUGAAGAGUUCUCAUUGAGCAAAACUUUGGGAGAUCCAGUAAAAAUUAGAGCUUGGAAUAUUGCUGGGCUACCAACAGAUGCAUUCUCCAUAGACAAUGGUGUGAUUGUUAAUAAUUCUAGGCGAUGGCCUUUAAUGAUUGACCCCCAGGGUCAAGCCAAUAAGUGGAUCAAAAACUCUGAGAAAGACAAUCAGCUUAAUGUUAUUAAGCUGUCGGACACAGACUACAUGCGGACCCUGGAAAACUGCAUACAGUUUGGAACUCCUCUUCUUCUGGAGAAUGUCGGGGAGGAUCUGGAUCCCUCUUUGGAACCUUUGCUACUUAGACAAACUUUUAAACAAGGUGGUAUUGAUUGCAUUCGACUUGGUGAAGUCAUUAUUGAAUAUUCUUUUGAUUUUAAAUUUUAUAUAACCACAAAACUGAGAAAUCCACACUACAUGCCAGAACUAGCUACAAAAGUGUCUUUGCUCAAUUUCAUGAUAACUCCAGAAGGGCUUGAAGAUCAAUUACUAGGCAUUGUUGUUGCAAAGGAAAGACCAGAAUUAGAGGAGGAGCGAAAUGUUCUUAUUCUUCAGUCUGCAGCUAACAAGAAGCAGCUAAAAGACAUAGAGACAAGAAUUUUAGAGACAUUAUCAUCUUCAGAAGGGAACAUUUUGGAAGAUGAAAGUGCAAUAAAAGUCUUAGACUCUGCCAAAAUAAUGUCUAAUGAGAUAACAAAGAAACAGCAGGUUGCAGAAAAAACAGAACUCAAAAUAGCAGAAUCCCGAGAAGGCUAUAGACCCAUUGCUAAACAUUCAUCAGUGUUGUUCUUUAGCAUUGCAGACCUGGCUAACAUUGAUCCCAUGUACCAAUACUCUCUCAUCUGGUUUGUGAACCUUUAUAUCAACUCUAUUCAUGAUAGUAACAAAUCCAAAAUUUUGGAGAAACGCCUGCGAUAUUUAAAUGAUCACUUCACGUACAAUUUAUACUGUAACAUAUGCCGAUCGUUGUUCGAGAAGGACAAGCUGCUCUUCUCCUUUUUGCUAUGUGCUAACCUUCUCCUGGCCAAGAAAGAGAUUGAAUACCAGGAACUGAUGUUUCUUUUAACUGGAGGAGUGAGUCUUAAGAGUGCUGAAAAAAACCCUGAUCCAGACUGGCUGCAGGACAAAAGCUGGGAGGAGAUUUGUCGAGCAAGUGAACUUCCUGUCUUCCAAGGACUCAGGGAGCAUUUUUGUCAACACAUAGAGGAGUGGCAGGAAAUCUACGACAGCAAAGAUCCGCACAAUAUGAAAUUUCCAGAGCCAAUGGAUAAGACGCUGAAUGAACUACAGAAAAUAAUAGUUCUUCGGUGUUUAAGGCCUGAUAAGAUAACCCCAGCUAUAACGAAUUAUGUAACUGACAAGCUAGGAAAAAAAUUUGUAGAACCUCCACCAUUUGACCUGACAAAGAGUUAUUUGGAUUCAAAUUGUACAAUUCCCUUAAUUUUUGUGCUGUCUCCGGGAGCAGAUCCUAUGGCCAGCCUGCUGAAAUUUGCAAAUGAUAAAGCCAUGUCUGGAAAUAAAUUUCAAGCUAUUUCACUGGGGCAAGGACAGGGACCAGUUGCAUCAAAAAUGAUUAAAGAGGCCGUAGAAGAAGGAACUUGGGUUUGUCUACAGAACUGUCACCUUGCUGUCUCCUGGAUGCCCACACUGGAAAAAAUAUGUGAAGAUUUUUCACCUGAACUCUGCAAUCCAAACUUCAGGCUUUGGCUCACAAGCUACCCAUCUCCAAAAUUUCCAGUGACAAUUCUGCAGAAUGGAGUCAAAAUGACUAACGAACCUCCCACGGGCCUUCGGCUAAAUCUCCUCCAGUCAUAUCUCUCUGAUCCAAUUUCUGACCCUAAUUUUUUCAGAGGAUGCCAUGGCAAAGAACUGGUAUGGGAGAAGUUGCUUUUUGGAGUUUGUUUUUUUCAUGCCCUUGUUCAAGAGAGAAAGAAAUUCGGUCCUCUGGGUUGGAAUAUUCCAUAUGGAUUUAAUGAGUCAGAUCUACGCAUCAGUAUUCGGCAACUGCAGUUGUUUAUAAAUGAAUAUGACAUAAUCCCAUUUGAAGCUAUCUCUUACCUGACUGGGGAGUGUAACUACGGAGGAAGAGUAACAGAUGACUGGGACAGACGCCUCCUGCUAACCAUGCUGGCUGACUUUUAUAACCCAUCCAUCAUUGAAAACCCCCAUUACAAGUUUUCUCCCAGUGGGAACUAUUACGCGCCACCCAGAGGUUCUUAUGAGGACUACAUUGAAUUCAUUAAGAAACUUCCAUUUACUCAAGAACCCGAGAUAUUCGGAUUACAUGAAAAUGUUGAUAUUUCCAAAGAUCUUCAACAAACAAAAAUCCUUUUUGAGUCCUUGCUCCUCACCCAAGGAGGCUCCAAACAGACAGGCUCCUCAGGAAGCACUGACCAGGUCCUGUUAGAGAUCACCGAAGACAUCCUCGAGGAGCUCCCAGAUGACUUUGACAUUGAGGCAGCACUGAUUAGUUACCCUGUGAGAUAUGAGGAGAGCAUGAAUACUGUGUUAGUGCAAGAAAUGGAACGGUUUAACAACUUAAUUAGAACUAUCCGUAACACCCUCCGGGACCUUAAGAAGGCUAUUAAAGGGGUAGUUGUGAUGGACUCUGCGCUGGAAGCACUUUCAAGCAGCUUGCUUAUUGGGAAGGUCCCAGAAGCAUGGGCAGCGCGAUCCUACCCAAGUCUGAAGCCCCUUGGAAGUUACAUCACAGAUUUCCUAGCACGGCUGAACUUUUUAGAGGAGUGGUUCGUUAUGGGGAAACCAGAUGUGUUUUGGAUCUCUGGUUUCUUUUUCACCCAAGCCUUUUUAACUGGAGCUAUGCAGAAUUAUGCCAGAAAAUACACCAUCCCUAUUGAUUUACUAGGCUACGAAUUUGAGGUGAUUUCUUCUGAUAUCGCUAACAAUUCACCAGAAGAUGGUGUUUAUAUUCACGGGUUAUAUCUUGAUGGAGCACGAUGGAACAGGAACACUGGACUGCUUGCUGAACAACACCCCAAACUUUUGUUUGACCUGAUGCCCAUCAUAUGGAUAAAACCAAAUAAGAAGUCUGAGAUUGUGAAGUCCAAAUCCUAUAACUGUCCCCUGUACAAGACGAGCGAGCGCAAAGGGACGCUUUCUACUACCGGGCACUCCACCAACUUCGUCAUCGCCAUGCUGCUGAAAACAGACCAGCCCGCUCAGCACUGGGUCAAGCGAGGGGUGGCCUUGCUGUGCCAGCUGGACAACUAAGCCCGACAAUUAAGAAAAUGAAGUUUCCAAACUGAAUAUUGUGGCGUCAUUCUUUGACCUUGUCUGUGCCCCGUCUGUCUAAUGUUCCACCCUCCAUUAGAAAAGUCCCAUAACCAGAUUCCUUUGUAAGUUUAGCUAGACACCCUCAGGGAAAAUGGAAAGCAAACUGUUACUUUGAAGCAUAUGAAAAUCUUUGUAGAUUUCAUCUAGUUUCUUAA